UAGUACAAGGCUGUUUUGAUUAGCCUUGUACCAUGUGACCUCUGUGAUCAUUCCCAGGGAGCAAGCACAGAUUUCACACAUAGUAAGCAAUGAUGUCAGAAGUGACAUCUUGCUUACUACUUUGCAUGUGAUCACUGAUUGGCCAAUCAGUGAUCACAUGAUCGGGACCUCGUACAGAGGUCCCGUCCGACGAUCGGUGUUUCACUGUGUCCGGAGGACACAGCGGGCACCGGAUCGCGGUGCUGUGCGCUCCCAGGCGUUUAUAGACGGCCACCCGACCCUGCAGUGCCACCGUCCGGCCGUUUAUAUACAACGGGCGGUCGGGAAGUGGUUAAAG